AUGGCGCCAGAACUACUUCCUAGUUCGUGGAAGUUUGCAAACGUGAAACCUGUGCCCAAAAAAGGAAGCAGAGCUGACCAUGUCAGUUCACAGAUUACGCUAGAAAGUGUAAAGUCCCUUAUUCAGGAGGCGUCAGACGAUUUAUUGGCAAAAUUGGAGGGGAAAAUAACGAAGAUAGUGGAUACUAAGACCAAAGAAAUCUUUAAGGAAAUAAACGAGCUGAAGGUUUCCUUAAAUUACCUAAAUGAAGAACAUGAAGACUUAAAAAAGGAACUAAAACAAAAAUGUAAUGUGGUUAAAGAGCUCGAAGAUGAAAACAUGCAAAUAAAGAUGAGAUUGACUGAUAUAAACAGCCGCUUAAAUGUCAUGGAGCAGUACUCGAGAACGAGCAAUGUGGAGAUACAAUGCAUUCCUGAAUAUAAAACUGAAAACUUGGAAAAAAUUGUGGGUCAGAUAAGUAAAGUCACCGGAAGUGAAAUACAAGGCAGUGAUAUAUACAAAUGUACCAGAAUAGCCAAGUUAAAUUCUGAUAGUAAGCGGCCACGUUCAGUAGUUGUUAAAUUUUCUAGUCCACGUAUUAGAGACACGUUUAUGGCAGGCGUUAUAAAGUUUAACAAAAAUCAUGCAAGCGAUAAAUUGAGUACAAGCCACAUCGGAAUUGGAGGCGAGAAAAGAGCCGUAUAUGUCGUUGAUCAUCUAACACCUGAAAUGAAGAAAUUGCAUGCUGCUGCCAGAAUUACAGGCAAGAGGCUGGGUUAUCAGUUUGUUUGGGUUAAGAAUGGACGUGUGUUUAUGCGGAAAUCUGAUACCACUGAACAUGUCAUAGUUAAGAGUGCAGCUCAGCUAGAGUUGCUUAAGUAAAUUACUGUAUAGGUUGCUUCUAGUCUCUAAU